UGGACUUUGGCUGCGUUGUUUUCCACUGAGGUGAGCCGUCUUUAACUCUCGACAGCUUUUCAAAAUUUGGUGAAAAUGAAGAUCUUCAGUUCGUUGGUUGUUGAUUUUGCUGUUCUCUUCCUGGUCCUAAUACGCUCCUGCGGUGGUCAGUCUCAGGUGGUUGGUCCAUCUCAGCCAAUAGUGGCAAUGGUUGGUGAUGACACCAUGUUGCCGUGUCACCUGCACCCUGCGGUGGAUGUUGCCUCCCUGGCUGUGGAGUGGUCCAGAGCUGACCUGAACCCCAGAUUUGUCCACGUGAGACGAGAUGGUGUGGAGCUUCUGAUUGACCAGAACCCGUCAUACAUAGGGAGAACGUCAGUGUCUGCUGACAAGCUGAAGUGUGGAGACCUUUCACUGAAACUCUCUAAAGUUAAAUUAUCCGAUGACGGAUCAUAUAGAUGCUACAUUCCAGAGAUGUAUAAAGGCUCGACUGUUCGACUUGUUAUUGGUGCUGUCUCCUCCCCAGUUAUCAGAAUCACCAAAGAUGCCAGUGGAGUGACUCUGCUGUUAGACUGUGAGUCUUCUGGCUGGUAUCCAGAGCCUGAGGUGUUGUGGCUGGACGGUGAGGGAAAGCUCCUCUCUGCUGGACCUACAGAGACAGUCAGAGGUCCUGAUGACCUCUAUACUGUCAGCAGCAGAGUGACUGUGGAGAAGAGUGACAGCAACAGCUUCACCUGUAGAGUCCACCAGAAGGACACCAACCACACCACAGAGACACACAUCACUGUUGCAGCCAUCCACAACCUUGCCCCUCCCUACCUGUCUGACCUCCUUCACACUGCCACCUCCACCCGCUCCCUCAGAUCCUCCUCUUCCAUCCACCUAACUGUCCCCCCUGCCCGGCUUACCACCAUGGGGAGCAGAGCUUUCAGCCGCUCUGCUCCCAAACUCUGGAACUCACUCCCACCGGACAUCCGAAACAUUGACUCCUUCCCUCAGUUCAAAUCCUCUCUCAAAACCCACCUUUUCAGGAUAGCAUUCUCACUAUAG